AUGCUCCGUCAACGCCUCCUCCGCGACGUCGCCGAGCUUGAAAACAGCCCUUAUCCUGGCAUCCGGCUCGACAUCAAAGAUAGUAGUCUGCAUACCGCCUGUCUUAUCCUCUCCCCGGAAGGCGAGAACCCGCUCCACCUCACCAUCAAUUUCGGCGACGACUACCCCAUCAAACCACCGCAGAUUACCAUUCAAUCGGUUGUCGACCACCCGAACGUCUACGACGACUACAUCUGCGCUAGCAUCCUCAACACACAGGAAGGUUAUACGCCCGCAUACACGCUCAACGGGAUCUGUAUUCAAAUGCUGAGUUUCUUCGCUUCGGACAUGAUCGAGCAGGAUUAUGGUGGUACCGUAAGUCGGAAGGGCCAUGAUGCUUCUUACCAGUGUGGGACCGACCAGGGGUUCGACGGCUACCGAUGUGCGAAAUGUGGCUUUGGUGAUGAGGCGUCUGCGAGGAGACGCCCGGUCCCUGGUGCCGAGCUGGCGGAUAUCCCAGUGAGUGAUGCGCCCUCGCAUGAAGGUAUCACCUUCCUGCGACAAGCAAAAACGACUACGCCGGACCCAAGCAAAGCACUGAAAAGACAGAAGCUGCUUCUCAUCGACUUGCCAAACGAGCUCCUGGUCCUCAUCACGGAGCACAUGGAUGAGCAGUCUCUCUUCAUCGCUGCGCGUGCCUGGAACGGGUUCAGUCGGCUCCUCGCUUCUCACAACCUCCUCCAGGUCCGCGAGAUGCAAUGCUACACCCUGAAAGCCGGCUUCAAGACCCAUAAACUUGGAGUGGGCGUGUACAUCGAGCGUCGCAGCAUCCAGUCCGAAUUCGAUAUCAUCUCCGAAGAUGCCUUUACCAAGCUAGGCAGAAUGGGCAACGCUGCAUAUGACGCUCUAGCCGCAAUCGGCACUAGAGCCCAACUCGCAGACUCGCCCAAGCCAGUCGACGUCCUCUACGCCUUCAUGAACGAUAUCACAGUCAAGCUCUCACAGUCCACUUCGGAAACCGCCGAGCCGCCAAAAAAUACCUCCUACCUCUACAGUUAUGGCAUGCAAGGCAAAAGCACCCUCACCCACGCCAGCGAGAAAGCAGUAGAAUCCUACUUCCAACUCUACCACCUCCUCAUCGUCAUGGCUACCGACCGCCCCAAGAUCGCCGAAGAAGCCAACGCCCGCAUCAAACGCUUCCUCGACGGCGAGCGCGACAAAACCGCCUGUCCGAAUCUCGGCCACCUACUUGUCACACUCCUGAUCACCGAUACCUCUACCUCCAACCCCGUGGAUUUAACAAAAGCCAUCAUCAAAGAAGCAGUAACCCGCAACGUCGUCUGGAUGCUCGACGCCCGCGGCGCGAAUAUGCCAGAGUUGAGCUACAUGGAGCCGUCGGAAACCAGUCCCUAUCGUCUGCAGAAGAGCUUCGAGGCGAGCAAAACUUCUUACACGCUCCUAGUGUUCGCCCAUCUUAUGCUCAAAACCGUCACCGAUCCCUCCCCCUCUCCCACUACUCCCACCAACACGACGACGACGACACCCAAAAAUCUCACCGAAAUCCGCACCGACCUCUUCGCCCGCCACGGCGCACCACCCCCCGGCGCCGCCGCCAACCUAGCAGCUGAGAUCCGCAACAUUCAGCGCGUGAAAACGUUCCCGGCUUUCCUGAUGGCGAUGGAUGUCCCUAUGCCGACGCAAGCGGCUUUCACGCAGUUCUUACGGGGGCCGGUGAGGGAGAGUAUGGAGAGGGGUUAUUCGAAGUGGGGGGUGACGCAGGAGGAGGCGUUGUUCUUGAGGUUGCAGAGGGAGCCCGGGGUGAUGGUUGCUGAGGGGCUGGGGGCUAGUGGAGGGGUUAGGCCGGUGUUCACGUUUUUUCCUGGGGAUGGGAGAGGUGGCGGGCUGAGAGGUGGGAGAGGGAGACGCGGUGGGAGGGGUGGUGGGUUCAGAGGUGGGAGGGGGAGGGUUGGGUGA